AUUUCGUCAGUCGGCACAGUCACAUUUUCCCUUCACAAUUCGCUCCGUGCAAAUCCAGAUAGUACGCAGUCUAGAAUCAAUAGACCUAGAUACAGAUCAGAAGUACUGGAUUAUCAGGACGGAUCUUACAUCAUUAGAUGGAAAAUGUACGCAUCAUCACCUUAUGGGGUCAACCUAGUUGUCGCACUGAAUGGAUCUGAAGUGUUCACACAUGUGUAUCCAGAUGGUCUCUUAGCCGAAGAGUGCCCAUGUCCUCAUAAUGACCCAAAUGUAUGGACAGAGGCCAUAGAGUGUCCACCUGGCGACUACUUUGGCCAAAUCCAACUGGACUUCCAGACAUUUCCGGUCAUCAAUAUUAGUCGAUUGGCACAUGAAGUUCCUGAGAGGUUCAAUCGAAGCCACUCUAUGAUUCACUAUACAGUAAAAGACAACCAGCUGUACCGGCGUCAGUAUGGAAAACACGGAGAUUUCAAGAAAUUCAGCGACGAAAUUUUCCUUUCUCUUCUACGCAAGGUCAAACUUGAGGACACUGAGUUUGUGAUGAACCUGGGCGAUUGGCCUGGUGAAAAGCGGAAAGUGGAUGAGUCACCACUGGCUAUUCUCACUUGGGGAGGAUCAAAGGACACUCGAGACAUCAGUGUACCCACUUGGGACUUGACUAAGAAGACAUACUCGUCAUUACUUCAAGAGUCUGUUGACGUGCAAACGACUGCUGCGUCAAGUUUGACUGAAUGGGAGCAAAAAAUAGAAAAAGGAUUCUUUCGAGGCAGAGACAGUCGAAAAGAAAGACUUGAACUAGUUCGUCUCGCGAAGAGAUAUCCAGACAAGUUGGAUGCCGGCCUUACAAACUAUUUCUUUUUCCGCCGCGCGGGGGAGGAGGAGGAGCUGGGCAAAGUGGAACGAGUGAGCAUGAAUAAAUUUCAUGACUUCAAGUAUCAGAUUAAUAUGGACGGAACCGUUGCGGCUUACAGACUCCCGAUUUUGUUGGCUGGAAACAGUGUUGUUUUCAAACACGAAUCCAAUUACUACGAGCAUUUCUACAGCCAACUCAUACCGUGGACACAUUAUAUACCCUUUCACGCAAACCUCUCCGACCUCGUGAACAAGAUCGACUGGGCCAGAGAUAAUGACGUCACAGCUCAGAAGAUUGGGAAGAAAGGGAGGGAGUUUGUUAUGAACAACUUGACGCCCAACUUGAUAUACUGCUACUACUACAGGGUGUUGCAGACGUACAUAUCGCGUCAAAAGGGGGCUGCAACUGUUCACGAGGGAAUGGAGUUGGUGUCGCAGCCGAAUCACGACUGCCAAUGCAUGCAAGCAGACACAACCAAAGUCAGAUCGACAGACAAGCAAGACACCGGCAAAAACGACCAUGUUUCAGAAAAACACGUAAAGAUGGAUCUCUGACAGUGAAGAGACGAAGCAGAUGACUCAUAUUCCAGCGAAAGGAUUUCAAUUACUGAGACGCGUCUUAUUUCAUCCAUUUGGAAUCCGUAUCCAAUUCUACCAGAACAAAAUCAAGUUGUCCAUGAACUUUACUAUCAAAUUUUCUUGAAAGUAGAAUCUUCAAUACGUUUUGCUAAAAUAUUAUAUCAACACAAAAUCAUUUCUUCAAUAUUUUUUCAAAAAAGAAAAAAACGCGGGUCAAAAAUUUUCCUUCAUAUUUUCUAGAUACUUCAGGGAUUUAACCCUCUGAACUCCCAAAUGGUCCCCCUUUAGAACUAUUUCAAGUGUUUUGCUGGCUGACACUAAUUUUUUUCGAAAGGCGCCUUUGGCGUGAAUAUAUACUACUUUUGGAGGGGGAGCGCGCACCUAAAACAGUUUUUUUUUGUCAAGACUCCCAAAAAGUGCUUCAAAACGUACUUUUUGGCCUAUUUUUAAAAAGUUUUGGAUGCAGCGCAAAACUGCGGCCAAAACAGGGCCUUUCUAAGAGCACUCGGAAAAUCAAUUUGGUCGACCCAAAAAUGUUUUGAAAAUCCAACCCCCUCGAGAAAACCCUAAUCCGUCCCCUAAAAGUAUGAACCAAUUGAGUAUUCACACAAAAAAUGGAACUCAUCAAACCAAUUU